CCCGCCGGUCGAGCUCUAGGGAGACGCCCAGUAACCCGGAUGUGGCUGCGCUUCCUUGAGGGCAGCGAAGAGCGACGUGUCCCAUUGGUGCUGGCGUUCAGAUCCGGGUCUUUCCCCGCCUGUUGCUACCCUCCCCCUCCGAGAUGGCGGAGCUGAACCGGCAGUUGCAGGAGUACCUCGCUCAGUCGAAGGUCGGCCCCGGCCCAGCCGUCCCGAGCGCCUCGCGGCCGACCCCGGAUGCAGCUGACGCCGAAGGGGGGACGUGGCUGGGCCGGCUGAGCCCCUUCUUCGCAGGCCGCUCCUCCUCCUCGCCGGCUGCCGGCUCGUGGCCCUGGGCGGCCGAGCCGGACCCCUGGCUGCCGGGGCUCUCCCGCUGGCAGCGGCUGGUGGGGAGCGGCCUGUGCCUGUUGCUGGCCGCGCUCUGCUUCGGCCUGGCCGCGCUCUACGCGCCGCUGCUGCUGCUCCGCGCCCGCAAGUUCGCGCUGCUCUGGUCGCUGGGCUCGGCCUUCGCUCUGGGCGCCGCCGGCUUCCUGCGGGGGCCGAGCCGCCUCCUGAGGAAGCCCAGCCGCGGCUCCGUGCUCUACCUCGGCGCCCUGGCCGGCACCCUCUACGCCGCGCUCGGCCUGCGCAGCACCCUGCUCACCGCGCUCGGGGCCGCCGCCCAACUCGCCGCCAUGGCCGGCUGCCUGCUCGCCCUGCUGCCCGGGGGCCCCGCCGGCCUGCGCUACCUCGGCGGCCUCCUGGGCGGCUUCGUGCGCCGCCGCGUCUCCAAAAGCUUGCCCGUGUGAGGGCGCGGGGCGGCGUGCGCCGAGCAGACCCGGAUGCGGGGUGAGGGCUGCGGACCCCGUCCCAUCCCCGGGCUGGAUCUUUGCUGCUGUCCCAUGGGGCCGGUCGCCCGUCUCGGCUGCCCAGCAGGGCAGACGCGGCUCUCUGGCUGGGCAACAGCCUUUCUGAAUAUAGGGCCUUGGGCUAGCAGCAUCCCGGCCGCGGCUCGCACGGCUGUCUCCGAGGGACAUGCGGCUCCGAGUCCCUAUCGGGGCGUGGGUGUCCUGUUGCUCGGGGGGGCAGGAGGUGACUGAGCGACAAAGCCGGGGCGGUUCUUCCCCUCCCCCCCGGUCCUGGUCCUAUUGAAGGCAAGUUUUUCCUGCACAACCGGUACGCUGUGGUGAGGGAGGAGGUACCUGGGAGCUGCGCUCUGUGCAUGCGCCUCCUGAGGACGCGGACCUGUACAAAGACACUUGGCUGUAAGGCGCAGAAGCUACUUGGGAAAGGUCAGGAAAAACGACUCGAACUUGACAGUUAACGUGGACAACAGACAAGAAACCGACCAAAGGAGGGAAGAUUUUUGCUUCUCCAAGGACCAGUGUUAAUGGGGCUGUGAAACAAUUUUUCUCCCUAACUAUGAACAGUGCAACUAAAAUCCUAAAGCUGCAACUGUGACUAUAUGUUGUUGUUGUUUUGUUCUUUUACUGUAUUCACGUGUAACACUUCUUUGUGCCAUCAUUCCCAGUCCUAUCUCAGUAUAGGCUUUGCCUUAUCAAUGCAAAAUGAACUUUGUAGCAGUAUCCUGGAGUCUGUGUCCUGUUAUGGGUGAUAGGAUGAUCAGAUUCCUACAUAAAGUGUAGGACCGCAGGGCUGAUAUUCACACUUUGAAGUGGCCUGUAAGAAUACAGAGCCAAGCAUAUUGUCUAUACUAAACUCUACCCAUAGUAUAAUGCUUUUGUUAUACUCCAGAGCCUUGCAGGAUUCACUCCCUCUUGGGAUGUACUGAUGCCAGGUGCCUCCUAGAAAAAUCUGUUGUGUAUAGAUACCCAUAAAACUUCAAAGAAAGUUGGGUGUAUCUAUAGAGCUCCUGUUUUCGGAGCUUAUUUACGGAUGUUUGUUUUUAGCAAUUUGAAUUCUAUGUAGAUGUCCAAUAAUUUGGGGUGGGAGUUGGACUUUUUUUGUGAAUAUACUGUAAUGAGAAAUCUCUUUAUUUUUCCCUAUUGUGUUUUAAUGUAAUACUACUUCAGAUAGCACUACUCAGAGUGUACUAAGGAACCUUUUAUGUACCCUAGCACGGUCUGUGAGACCUGUUUAAUACACAACAUAUGUACUUUAGAAAUCACACACCUGUAGUCCGCAUUACUGCUGUGUUGACUAGCCCUUAAACACAAGUUAACCAUAUCCUGUAUUGACUGGAUAAAUACUGACUUUUUUUUGUAGCAGGGGUUUUAUUGGUUAAAACCUAAAAUCAGAAGCUGUAGGUAUAUAUUACCACAAAUGUUGUUUCGUGACAUCUUUGCAACUGUAGUCUGAUAUAAAGAGUCAAAAUGUAGUGAUCAAAUGUAAUUGCAGUAAUCUUGGAGUGGCUUAUGAUAGUCCAGUGAAUGUUGAGAUACCCAUUCUAUUUAACUGUCUUUUUAAAAAAAAAAACAAAAAAAAACCCUUCAAAAUAUUGAAAACAACAUCCUUUAACAAGUAGCAUUCAUAGAGGUUGUGGAUCACAGUCAUAUCCUUUGACAAGCAAGGGUAUACCUCUUAUGUAGGGAAUCAUGAAAAGAGUGAAAGCAUAUCAUAAGAAAUUUCAGUCAAAUCAUAGAGAUCAUUUUAGUUCUUUGCAGUAAGGCUGCCAGAAUGGUGCUACACUAGCUUUUGCCUCCAGAGCUGCAGGGUCAGUUCCUGAAGUCCUUGCUCAAGCAAACUCCCUAGCCCCUUGGUUCUAGGAGUUGGGCAGGUAGUGCUUAUUUAGCAGUGAUGUUUGUAGCCUGACCUGGAGAAAUAGAUUGGCUAGUAGAGGCGGGGCAUAUUGCAGAAAACAUGCUUGAGUAUUAUUGGAUGCUACUUAGGAAGAGAUUAUCUUAAUCUAUUUAAUAUUUGCACAGAACUAAAGUAAAUGAAUGCUUAAUUUAGCAAAUUAUGUACAAUAUUUAUAACUUUAAUAAAAUAUAUUUUUAUACCAAAA